AUGCUAUUGCUGAAACCUACUUUGGUGUCCCUGGCCUUCACAGCUACGGCCUGGGCUCGUCGGGAAUGCAAGAAUUCGCCUGAUAGCCCGGCAUGGCCAUCGUCCGAGGAUUGGCUCGCUCUUAAUCGUUCUAUCGGAGGUCAUUUGAUAAAAACAGCCCCGGUGGCCUCAUCUUGCUAUCCUGGCAACCCAUUCAACUCGCCUGAAAACUGUUCGGACGUGACAGACAAGUGGUCAUAUGCAGCGUACCAUUCUGCUUGGCCUGAGAGCAUCGACUAUCCAAUCUACACAAACAACUCAUGUGUACCUAAGGACUCUACCGGCUACUCCAAGGAGAAAUGUUGUAAUGUCGACGGUUUGCCGAGGUAUAUUGUCAACGCCACUAUCGAAGCCCAUAUUGCGACAGCAAUGAAUUGGGCCUCACAAAGAAAUAUCAGGAUUGUCGUCAAAGGGACAGGGCAUGAUCUGAAUGGCCGAUCAACUGGAGCGAAUGCACUUUCUAUUUGGACACACAACUUCAAACACACCAAACAUGUUAGCAGAUGGAACGUGCCAGGCCGCAAUGAAACAGCGGAUGUGUUGAUCUGUGGCAGUGGCAACAACUGGGGCUCAGCGUACUCCGCUGCUCACAAAUCAAACCGAGCUGUCGUCGGUGGUGAAGAUCCCACUGUUGGCCUUGGAGGAUUAAUCCAAAAUGGUGGCCAUGGAUUCUUGUCUAGCCAUUACGGCCUUGCAUCCGAUCAGGUCUAUCAAGUCACAUUGAUUACCACCGAUGGAAAACGGCUCGUUGCCAAUGACAUGCAGAAUCAGGAUCUGUUUUGGGCGGUCCGUGGCGGUGGAGGAGGCCAAUAUGGAGUGGUGACCGAGUUUGUUCUGAAGACACACCCUAUCCCACAGAGUGUGGCCAAGGGCAGCCUUUCAUUUUGGGCAGCUGAAUCGACAAAUGCAAGCGAAAAGGCCUCCUGGGAUGCCUUAUCCGAGAUGGUUGCUUCAAUUCCGGAAAUUAUGGAUGAUGGAUUGAAUGGCAACAUCACCGCAUACACGAAGAUGAGAGCGAUGGCUCUAGGACUUAGCAAAGCACCAGUUGGUGUUGCUGCAGUGGUUGGGCUGGUAGGCCUGAACAUGAGUGCUAGCCAGAUGGACGCCGCCGUUCAUAAGCUGGCAGCCAAAAUCACAGAUCUCAACCAUGACCAACACAGUCACCUCAAUGUCUCAUACCAAUCGGCGACAGACCAAAGCUACUGGUCCUUUGUGAAGCCUGAACCUCUAACGAGCAACUCUGCUGGCGCGGUCAGCCUCAUGACGAGCCGUCUUAUGGGUCGACGAGAGCUGUCGGACAUCCCACGCAGUGAUUUGAAGACAUAUCUCCAGCGAGCCCUUGUUUCAGAGAACCCAGAUUCGGGAACUAUGUUGCUUUUCGGAUUGCAAGGAGGUCGCGGACCAGCUGACGUCCCAUCGAACAUGCGCGGAAGUGUCGUCCCUGCUUGGCGUAGCGCAUACGCCCAUGUUUUUACAUUGGGAGCAUCGAUCAAUGCGACAGGUGAUGCCAGUGAGUCUCUGAAAGCUGGUGCUUCCUGGUACGAGGCUGUGAAGGAGCCUGUUUGGAGAGACUGGGCACCUAAUACCGGUGCCUACAUGAACGAGGGCAAUCCAUUCAGCAGUACUUGGAAAAAAGACUUUUACGGCGUGAACUACGACAAGCUUCUCACCAUCAAACGCAAAUAUGAUCCGAGUGAGAGCUUAUUUGUUUGGAGCGGUGUUGGCAGUGACCUGUGGAACAAUGACCUUAACACAGGUUUGCUUUGCCGGGUGACGCCCGAGAACUGA